UGGAGUGGCAUUACGGGCCGCGGGCGGGUCAUCGUGUCAGCGCUGGGGCGCUAGUCGUUCACUUAGCGGUUUGGGGGCGAAGGCAAAAUAACGGCGAGUAACGGAAACCCCGAGGACGCCGGCUCCCGGUCAGGACGGACUGCGGGCCGCGCCUUGUUUUCCUGGGGAGUGGUCACGUCAGCCGGGGUCGGUGGUUCUGGUGUUCGUGUCGCCUCCUGAGGCGGUCACCCAGACACCCGCAGCGGGGAGGAGCGUCAGAGGACGGGACUAUCGGGACAGCUCCUGACCUAUUAAACAGUUGUCACGAUAAGCCCCGCCCCAGAGGCCACUGGUGCCAUGCCCGCGGCUCGGUGAGAGGAGGAUGCGGCAGACGUGAGAGCUCCCCCGGCAGCAGCGCGCGGCCCCGGAGCGGAGGAGGAGGAGGCGGGCACAGCCGGAGCGGGAGGCGGCGUCUCGGCGGAUCGCAGGGAGCGGGGGCUCGGCCGCCGGGUGUGUCCGGGCACCAUGGUGGAGAAGCAGCGCUGCCCCCUGCAGAGGGACGGCGUGUACCGCUGGUUCUCCGAGCUCUCCUCCUCCCAGCGCGUCGAGUUCCUGUGCGGCCUGCUGGACCUCUGCCUCCCGCUGGAGCUGCGCUUCCUGGGCUCCUGCCUGGAGGACCUGGCCCGCAAGGACUACCACUGGCUGCGGGACUCCGAGAUCAAGGCCAACAACCCGGCCGACCUGGGCAGCCUGACCAACCUGGCGGACGAGGUGGUGCGCAGCAAGCUGCUGGUGUCGCUGGCGCUGCUGGCCUCCGACCAGCGGGAGGCGGCGGGCGUGCUGUGCCGGACCCUCACCCACCUGGACUGCAUCAUCAACAACCUGGGCCUGCGGCUGAACGAGGGCCGCGCCGGGGACGAGUUCCUGCUGCUCUUCACCAUGGCCACCAACCACCCGGCCUUCAGCUUCCACCAGAAGCAGCUGCUGCGCAAGGAGCUGGCCCACAUCCAGGGGAGGCACGGUGCCAGCGCCGGAGCCCCCAGCAGCAAGGUGACUCCAAGAACAGAGACCCCGACCAGCAGCGUGGGCGACAGCUUAGCAAAUGCACUACACACAUCAGCACAUUCCAUAGAAGAUCCGACACCCAAGAGGCCUUCCGGAAAGCACUCCAAAGUGAAUGUUGAGAAAAUUGAACUUAAGGUUUUUCCGCACAAGAAAAAGGAGAAGAAUGCAGACUGCUGUUUUGAGGUAUUUUGGUCUGAUUCCUCUGUUUCGUUGGUUACCAAAUCCUCAGCUGAAGUUACAGAAUUUAUUUCUAAGCUCUCUCACGUGUUCUCUGAAGAUUUGGAGAAAUGCAUUCCUUACCGUGGGGCUGUGGACACUUAUUCCGUGGACAGGAACCAUGUGGACUUUGAUUUCGAUCACCGGUGUUUUGCGUCUCUGCCCCCCCAGGUAUUAAAGAGUGACCUUCUUAAAAAAUUCUUCAGCACUUCAGCAAACCACCAACAGCAUCAGAACUUAAGUCCCAGCACCCCAUCCCAUGUGAAAAUGAGCACAUCUAUGGGUCCCCCUAUACGACCCAUAUGUGGCGUGGCCAGCAUCCAGUCUUCCCACAGCAGCCUUGCCUUGCACCACAGCGGAGCCACAAUGAGCAUGUCCCCGUGUUCAAGCUCGACCUCUCUAACAUAUCGGCCUUCAGCGGAGACCACGUCCUCUACUGGAAUACCUUCCAGUGUGCCGAGCCCGCAGACUCAAGAACAGCAGGAAAUAUUGGAGUGGCUCAGGAAGUUACGCCUGCACAAAUACUACACAGUAUUCAGCCAGCUGUCAAUGAAAAAGUUCUUGAGUCUCACCGAGGAAGAUUUAAAUAAGUUUGAAUCCCUAACGAUGGGAGCGAAGAAGAAGCUGAAGACUCAGCUGGAGCUUGAGAAAGAGAAGUCUGAAAAAAGGUGUCUGAACUCCGCAUCGUGUACUUUCACCAGCAGCGGAGUCGCCCGGGUUCCUCCAACCAGUCACGUUGGACCAGUUCAAAAUGUCCACUGCAGCCACGCUACAGAGUUGUCUGUAGACGUGGAGCCCGCAGCCUCUCAGGUGCCUCAAGAAGGCAGCUCGUCCUCGGAGUAUUCCAGCUCCCCAUCAAGCCCAAUGGGGCUGCAGACGCGAGAAGAGAGCUCCGACAGCGCAGAGGAAAUGGACAGACGUCUUGGGAGGCACUUGGAUUGCAUUGAGAAGGACAAGUCCGUCUUGCUGGUGAAUCACUUCACAUCCAGUUCAGUUCGCCCAACAGCUCAGGUUUUACCAGUGCAGAAUGACAGUGGCUGCAGCCCUUCGAGCCAUCAUCCAGGGCCACUUCAGCUGCUGGCUGGGCCCCCCCCUCACAUCGCUCCACUGCACCUCAUGAACACUUUGCACAAAUCAGACCGGGGCAGUGCAGAGAUUAAGAUCCUCCAGUCAUCUCCUCACUCCAUCUUGUCUGCAGAAGACAGGAGUAAAGCUUCACCCGGAUCCAGAAGCGGCUUGAAAAUAGAGAAGAGCUUUGGAAACCUGCUCCUGGACAUCAAAGCUUCAGCCGGCCCAUUGCAGCCUGGUCAGGUGCUUUCCAUCAUCCCUGACGGCUUUGGUGUCCGGGCCAAAGUGGGAAACCCUUUAUCUGGGGAGAGGUUGAUGAAGCCAGCGCAGCAGCCCGCCCUGAUGGUGGAGGGCAGCGCCCCUGCCACCAUACCAUCCGCUCCAGUCUUCCACGUCACCCGCACUCCCGUAAAGCUUCUCGUAUCAUCGUCGGAUUCUUCUGUGGUUGGACAGAUGACCAGUGUCUCUCCGGCAAUAAUAAACCCUAGAAGCGUUCUGUAUACAGCCAACACCAAAGUUGCCUUUUCUGCUAGGAGUGGCAUGCCUGUUGCCCAAAUGGCUGGCAACUUCUGUGCAAACAGCAUUGCCACUUCCAGCAACCACCCCUCAACGUCCUAUAGUAAUGUGCCGAACCUGCCCAGCUGCCCUGUCCCCAGCUCAAGCCCUACAAUUUCCUCCACGUCUGACAACAGCUAUUGCAGUGGCAAUGCCCCCGCCAUGAACAUUCAGACUCCCAGCCACCACCACGUGCACCAUCAGCAGCCGCCGGCGGCACAGACUGGGUGCACGGUCUGUAGCUCGUGUGGCUGCAGUGGCAGUUGUGGGUCAGGCAGUGUCGCGGUCAAUUAUGGAAACUAUUUCCAGCAUCAGUUCUCUACCCCCUCCAUGUUCCCCUUCUCUCUCAUGCCCUUCGGCCCAGUGUGCAAUAACGGGUACAUUAACACCCAGCAAUACAACAGCAGCAGCUCGUUUCCAGUGGUGCACGCCCCGUACAGUAACAGCUUGAACCCGGACUCUAUGCUGACAGGGCAGCCCGGCUUUUCCUUGCCUCCCAUGCAGAACUUUAUAACUGGCACAGCGGGGGUGUACCAGCCUCAGGGCAUGAUGGGCACCAUUAACGGCACAACUCACAAAAAGAGUGGGAACAUUUCAUGCUAUAACUGUGGGGUCAGCGGCCACCGCGCUCAGGACUGUAAGCAGCCAUCAAUGGAUUUUAAUCAGCAAGGAACUUUCCGUCUUAAGUUCGCUCCACCGUCAGACGGCCUGGACUCUGCCGAUUGACCUUCCGGACCUCGGUCUCCUCAACCCACAUCUCUCAUCUAAAGGUGCUUUAGUUUUAACCAGGCUGAAGUGAAAUACCUUCGGAGCCGACGUUCCUGUAUUGCCAAAUUCUGCUUCAAGAUUUUCAUUGCUCUUAAUGGCGACGCGAUGACCUCGGCCUGUGCGAGCCUCACCUUUUAUAGGAGCGAGUUCACGGUGAAGGACUUGUUUUUUUACAGAUAACUUUCUCUCUCUUUCAAGCGCUAUCUAAAACUUUUAGGGCAGCUACAAUAAACACCAAGGUAAAUUGUGUGAGGUAAGGUUCCCUCGUGUCGCUCCUCGCCAGGAAGUAAUCACUGGGAUUCUUGUAGAUUGCACUAGGGGAGGACUGUUCAGUGUUUUAUGUUCUGGAGCAUUUCUGGGAACUGUCGAUUAAUCCCCCAGCAAUGAGCCCGAUUAUACUUCAUCUAUGAGGAAUUUUGCACUUUAAUUUUUUAUGUAUCUUUAUAUUUCAUUGGAUUGCUGUUACAUGAGGGGGGAGGGGUGUCCCGUCCCCCGCAUGGACGUGAAACACAUGAGGGACAACCUGGAAGGAGGCACCAGGACCCCGGACCUGACAGUAUUAUCUGUGCGGAGGACUUGUAUCCAAGGGCUGUAUACACUACGUCUCCAGAAGCUGAGGCCGCUGCCUGUACAUUUUAUUUAAUUUUUUAUUUUAAUUCCAGACAUUUCUGUUGCAAUAACCGUAAAGUAUUGAGGAAGCUGCCGCCGAUGGAGGUGAAACCUCACUUAGCACUAAAUCCGUGAUUGCUGCAGCGACCCUGGGAAUGAUGGCUCCUGCUAAACCAAAGAUGUAAAGCGCUGUGCGGCAGAGACCCCCACGUCGUUUACUUGGCUCUGAGGGUCUGUCUGCAUGGUCACAAGCCUCUGUUCCCCUGUGGGUUUAAGCAGUGAAAACACUACAGAAUUGCCAGAAUAACCCCCGCUCUAUCCCCAACGCGUGCAGCGACGAUCACAUUGUAUUUUCUCUGUUUAUUGCCCUGUAUCAGCAAACUACAGCUCUCUAGCUGUUGCAGAACUACAACUCCCAGCAUGCAAAGACUGCCUACAGCAGGGCAUGGUGGGAGUUGUAGUUUUGCAACAGCUGGAGGGCCGCAGUUUGUCUAUAACUGAUCUGUGUUGUGUGGCUCCAUACUACAGCGGCCGUAGUAAUCUAUGGGCUUGUACGGUGGAACUAUGACUCCCAGCGUGCACACUUGCUCACCUGUACUCCUAUGGAAUUGAAUGGUGCAUGCUGGAAUUCUUAGUUUCCCAGCAGCUGGAGUUCGCUGAGCCCUUCCGUAUGGCUUUGUGUGGUCUGGUGACGAUAUCGCGCCCAUAUGGCAGCACACGGAGUACUGUGGGGCUGGCUGCGCUCUGUGUAACAUUAUUUCACAAUCUACAUAUAAUGUAACUCUCCGGUCACAUCCAAAGCUGCAUUCAGCCAUAUAGUGUUACAUGACCUCGCUUUGUGCAGGGAU